UGGUAAAGUCUAAGUAACAAUAUUUAUUUAACCCUCCACUCCUUGGCUUGGAUAGAAUCUCCUUAAUUCUAUAUAGGUGAAACCAUUUAAACUGAUUAGUGACCGGUGCGCGUGGAGGCUGCACACACACACACCACGUUUCUCUCAAGCGGGGAGUCGUGGACAAGCCUCGAGGCAGAGUUCACACUGGGUCGUUACAGCAGCAGCAGCAGCAGCAGUGUUAUAUAAUCGGCAGUAACAAUCAGUUCAGACAGAGCUGAGCUCGAAGCUGCUACGCUGCAACCCGAUCACUGCUUAGGAAGCCCAAAGAGGAAAAGGUUUGUGUGUACCAGCAUGGACAGUAUGCUGGAAAACCUCUCAAAAAAUGAGUUUAUCAGUAUUUGUGUCCGGGAUCCAAGGCUCCAGAAAGAAGACCUGUGGCACACGCAUGUUGACUACGAUAUCUGUUUACAUACAAAUAGCAUGUGUUUCCGAAAGAAGGCUUCCUGUGUGAGGCGGCGUUACAGUGAAUUUGUGUGGCUGCGUCAUUGUCUGGAACAGAAUGCCCUCAUCAUGCAAUUACCAAAGUUGCCACCCUGGAACCCUUUCUUCAGUCUGAAGAAUAGAGAGCAGGUCUCACAGAGGAUGAAGGGCCUACAAGAGUUUUUAGAAGGUGUUCUUCAUACGCCGUUCUUGUUAUCAGACAGUCGGCUCCAUCUGUUCCUCCAGUCCAACCUCAGCAUCACAAAGAUAGAGAGGUGUGCUCUUGGUAGGACCAGGUACACGGUGGCUGAAGCCAUACAACGUUCCAACCUGGAUUGCAUCACAAUAGAGGACAAGGGCUCCUGUGACUCCGACUGUGAAAGCUCUUCGUCGUCUGGCUUGGGACAAAGUGUGGACUCUAUGAUGCGAGAUAGCCCACUCCCCUGCUUUGAGUCCUGACGGGCUGAGAGUUGUUUACCUGACAGAACUUCUCACCCUCACGUACUAAGUCUUGAUGCUCUGUUGUUUUACCCCCAUGUGGCUUUCUUUUUGUACAUGGAUGCAUUGACUGUUUUCUCCUCCAACCAUCAAAAGCAAAAAAAUCCAUUUCGUCUCGUUAACUCCAUUACUCUCCCCUUAGCAUUUGUUUUAAUAGUGGGUCUCUUAAAGCAUGUACUUGAGUCAUUUGAAUGUAGUGGAGUACUUGAAUGUGUUGGGAAAAAAAAAUAUUUUUCUUGUUUUUAAAUGUAUAGUUAACCUACACUUGCAAUGACAAUGUCUUUAAUUUUUUUUUGUAUAUAUAUAUAUUUUUAUCAGCACUGUGGCUAGCAAGGGAUGUUUUGACUUUUAAAAAAAAAAACAAAAAACUUUUAUCACUUGUUAUUGGAUAAAUAAACUUUUUUGAAGAAAACAACUCAUUUGA